AUGACGGCGAUUACAACAACGCUGAACUGUUUCAAAAACCUUCAUUGUGACUGUAAGAUAAAAGACACCGUUCCGAAGGAGCUUUGCGACGGACAAAUCUCCACAAAAUGGCUGCUAAACAUCAUGAUAAAGGCAGAUUGUCAAGUCAAAAAGCUGUGUCAUAAAUGUAAAAUUGAGAAGGUAAACUUGCAUAAAGUUAUUUUAAAAUACGUCAAUUACACUUGUCAGUUUGAUUAAUUUCAGAUCACUUUCACCCGUCUCGGAGUCGGCUCAGCCUUUAAUUCGACAAUUUACAGAGUAAAAAUCUCGUUUGAAGGGAGCCCGGUGUUCUCGCUGAUUGUGAAAAUCCCAUGCUGCAGCAUAACGGCCGAAGGAGGGCUGGUAAUGCCGAAGACAACGUUUAUGGGCCAUAAUAAAGAAGUGGAAUUUUACAACAUCUUCAAGGAUGUGGAACUCAAUACAAUCCCGAAGUGUUAUUUUGGACGGAAAACUGGAGAGGUAGGUUUUUAAGAGUCUUUGAGUGUUAUAGUCAUUCUGAUUGCUGUAAACGAAAUUUUCGAGAUACGUAUCAAAAAAAAUUUUGUAAAAUACGACAUGUUUUUUGUUUAGUUUGUAUAAAAUGCCCAAUUUUCCUCAAAAAAUCGGUAAAAAGUAAACAAAAAAUUAAAUAAGAAAAAUACCGUUUACCCAGGAACGUUUUUCAAGGUGCAAAAUAUCAUCGAGAAUUGGGUAAAACUGCUUUGUAAAAUACGUUAUGACUAUUUUCGAAUCAAUACUAUUUAGUCUUGGGUUAACAGGGGAAGUACCCCGAGUGCGACGCUCAGAUUUUAAUGAAACCUGGCACAAAUUUUGAUUUUUUUCUAAUGACCCACGUCUUGCAGAAAUAACCGAGGUCUUUAGAUCAAAACUCGGCGAAAAGUUGACACUUUUUGCCGAACUUCGGCACGAAAAAUUUCACGCAUCUUUCCACCAUACAAGGCAAUUUUUUCACAAGAAUCAAUUUUUUCGGCACGAAACUAGCAAAGUGAUGGCCAAAAACUAUUUUCUGUUUGACCGCCGUCCGCGUUUAGCGUUCUCUCUCGGCGGCAAACAUCGUUGAAUAUCUCAGCGGCGCCUGUAAAUCGCGAGCUAAAACUCAGGAAUUGAUGUUCAGUCCAUGCCCGACGUGUGGGCCAAAUUUAAAGAAAAUCUGCCGCAUUUGAUGUACUUCCCUUGUAGGUAAAACGUACAUAGGUAAAAAAAAUUGACAGCAUUCAACGGAAUGGUCGCAAUUGUUCUCCAAGACAUUACUUUUGCUUUUUUGAAGUAACAGGCAUAGGUAACAGAAGUCUCUAAAAAUGCAAGCCUAUUUUUUCAGAAAGAACAAGCCAUCCUGUUAAUCGAGGACCUUGGCGCUGAGGUCAUAACUCCCUCAAUGUAUCAGCCUUGCCGUCGCGAGCAAGUCUUCAAAGUCGCUGAAGAACUUGCUCGUUUUCAAGCGAAAGUGUCUAAGCUCCCAAAAAACUCAUGGUCUCAUUUCGAAGACUACUUCCACACCCUUGAAGUUCAUACUGUGUUAAACCCGGUUUGCACUCCAGCAAAUGUUGAGUACGAUUGUAAGCUGAUUUUUAUUGUCUAAAAGCAACUUUCCUUGUAUUUUAGCCAAUUUAAAACCGCUCUUGGACGAACUACAGCCAGUUAGCAAUGAAAAAUUUGCAAGAUACGCUUGCUUGGAACGGCCGGGAGAACUGGGUAGGUCUCGCAAUGUAUCUAAAAUUUAUUUUUAACACCUUUUUAGGAGCAAUUACCUUAUGUCAUGGCGAUGUUUGGAACGGAAAUAUGUUCUUCUACAGAGAUGCGACAAAAGAAAUUGGAAUCUCCAAUAAUCUCAGGGCAUUUGUCGAUUUUCAGACUGUUUUUGGAGGUAUCGAAUCUUAUUUACGUAUUUUAAAAAUCUUUUUUUGAUUGAUAGUAUGAUAAGAUAAAUAAAUUUUAGGAAAUAUGUUCCUCGACAUUGCUCGGUAUGUCGUCCUCUGUGCUAGAGGAGAAGUCAGAAGAUCGGUUCAUAAUGAAAUUGUCGGGCAUUUUUUGAGAUGUCUGAAAAAGGCGUUCAAAGAAGAAGGAGUGGAAUAUAAAUACAAUUUCGACGAGAAGGAGGUGAGCGCAUCAGAACAAGCAAUCACUUUUUUAGAAAAUCCGUAUCCGCUAUUACGUUUUAUUAAGAAUACCUGACAGCAUUGACGUAAAUUUAACACACCUCAUGUCUUAAAUUUGGCACAAUUUUACAAAACUCCGGACAGCAACAUUGUGUUUAUUAUUUUCCCAACAGACUGGUGCUAUAUUGCUCUGCAAUUCUAACCGGUUGGCUCAAAAAAAAAUUCAAAGUUUUAAGAUUGACAAACCUUGAAAAAAGGUUGGGCUUUUGUCGGAAAAACUUUAAAAUAGGAACUUAUUUACAAAAUUCUCCUUUCCGACGUUUCAUUUAUAACUACUACAGUUAUCUAUUUCGUAGAAGUAAAAAUACAACAGACAGCUGUCGAAGAAAAAAUGUGGCAGCUUUCGCUGCCUGGCCAAGACCAUUUAGAUUUGGCCAGUCAUAGUUUAGAUGAGACCAAUUAUCAUUUAGAUUUGGUUAUAGAUAAAUAAAAAGAAAAGCCAUCAAAGCGUUUACGCUUUUCGUUUGGGGACACCUCAUUUCUCUGAUUGUCUGCAGUCUCCCCGAACCUGUGGUCAUGUAGCAGUUUGUCGGGUGAAUAGUGAGCGCUCUGUUGCAUCAAUAAAUGGACCAAAAAAUAUUUUUUGACGUAAUUUCCCCACAAUUUUUUCAAAUUUAACUUUGACCCUGGCUGGCAAGACGGCUGCAGAAAUGCCCAUUUUCUUGUCGAGUACCUAGUAAACAACCUUUUUCCAUACCUAUUUGUUAGACUUUUCAUGCCUUCCAAGCUUUGUCAUGCUCAUAUCUAUGCCGAAAACGUACCGUUCCGUAUUUUACCCUCAAAUCGUUGUUUCUUUCAGGCUCAAGAGCUCUAUGAUCUAUGUGUUGUGCAGCAAGCCAUAGUCAACAUAAUGAUUAUCCCAUAUUUCUCCCCGAACGCUGAUGGCGCUCCGGAGGAAACGCACAAAAUAAGAAUGGCGGAACUUCAUCAACGAAUGAAGGAGAUGUUUAUUGAUGCGGCUGAAAUAAUGCGCAAAUAUGGAUGGGAUAAACUGUAA